CGCUCCACAGUAUGUAAUUUGUUUAUUGUGGCUAAAGUCUGGUACGUGCUCCAGGCUUUGUGUAUGUCUAGAGUAAGCGUUCAAAAGAUUCACCGAGUGUUCGCGAUUUUUGUGUGGGGGUCGGUGUGGGAGCGCACCGGUCGUACAAAUUUGUUCCGCUCUGUGAAAAGUGGCGGGCUAGGACUGGCUCAUCUGUUUCUGCGACAAGUGGUGUCAAGAUUUAUGUUCCUGCGGGAUCAGGGGGAUCCUUUUCUGCGGACUGUAUUACAAGUUAGGCUCCGUAAUGCAUUGUCUGAGUUUGUUGUGUCCUCGAGUGAUGUCAGAUGUACGCGGGUUCGAGGUUUUCUGCGCGAAGUGAUUUUGGCUUUCCAUUUUCUCAAGGUUCGAUUUUCGUUGGAGUACUUAAGCGAAGUUACACGAAAGCGCCUGUACAAAGACUUAGUCGAGGUGGUCUUCCCUGUGCCUUUGUAU